AUGACAUUAUUCUAUGGUGGUGUAACAACAAAUAGACAUGAAAAUGGUGUGGGUUUCCUUGUACACAAUAGCCUAAUACCAUGGGUUAAACAAUUCAAGGCUAUUAAUGACCGAAUAUGUUACAUCCGGAUUAAUAUGAACCACCGAGACAUGAUUAUUAUUUGCGCAUACGCACCAACCGAAUCAGGAAAUAAAGAAGCGAAAGAUGCCUUCUAUGAAGAGCUGGAACAAGUAUAUGACACUAUACCAAGUCAUUGCAUUAAAGUAUUAUUGGGAGAUAUGAACGCUCAAGUGGGUAAAGAAAAUACAUACAAAACGACGAUUGGAGAACAUAGCUUACAUGACCGAAGCAACGAUAACGGAGUAAGAUUAAUUAACUUUGCAAUAAGUAAAAAUAUGGUAGUAAGCAGUACAAGAUUCCCGCGGAAAAAUAUCCAUAAAGAAACGUGGCUAUCCCCGGGAGGCAGGUAUAGUAGUCAAAUUGAUCAUGUCCUCAUAGAAAAUAAACAUAAAACGAUUAUAAAAAAUGUCAGAAGCUACAGAGGAGCAGACGCAGACACAGACCAUUACUUAAUCCUAAUUGACUUCAGAGUAAAGAUGUCAAUGGAAUGGAAAAAGAAGCAAAAAAUACUUGAAAAAUAUGAUGUGGAUAAAUUAAAAAACAAGGAAACAUUACAGACAUAUCAAGAAACAGUGACAAAUCUCUUAGGAAGAAGAGAGGGCUUCGACACAGAACAGAUUGAAGAAUCAUGGAUAGCAAUUAAGACCUCAAUAACGGAAUCAGCAGAAAAAGUUAUCCAACUUACACAAAGAAAAAAAACAAAGAAAUGGUUUAAUGAUAAUUGYAAGCAAGUAAUCAGGGAACGUAAUGAAGCUAGAAUCAAAGCAAUACACACACCAACUCCAGAAAACAUAAGGGACUUCGAAAACAAAAGAAGAGAAGUGAAUACACUGRUAAGAAAAGAAAAGAGGAUAGCAGAAAAAGAACGAUUGGAAGACAUCGAAAACCUUAAACACAACCCCAGAGAAUUCUUCAAACGUUGCAAAACAUUUAAAAAUGGAUUUGUACCUAAUAUACGGAUGAUARAAGAUAAUAAUGGUACCCUAAUUACAAAACCGGAAAAUAUUGCCGAGGAAUUUAGAUCGUACUUUGAAAAAAUCCUUAACAGAGACUCAACAACAGGAAUAGGUGAACAAGACGACACCUUAUACUACACAGCGGAACMAGAAGUACCUAGUCCUAGUCUAGAAGAGAUACAGUAUGCGAUACAAACUCUAAAAAAUAAUAAGUCUCCAGGAGAUGAUAAAAUUGCCGCUGAGUUACUGAAGUUAGGAGGACAAAACUUAACAAAAAACUUACAUGACCUAAUCCAACAGAUAUGGAUAAAGGAAAAGAUACCAAAAGAAUGGAAUGAGUCAUUGAUAUCGGGAAAGAUAUUUGACCUAAUUAUCAUAAACUGCUAUGCCCCAACAGAGGAAAAAGAUGAAGACAUAAAGGACAAAUUCUAUGAAGAACUAGACAUGGUAUAUGACACUUUAUCGUUGCACUGUAUAAAGAUAGUAGUAGGUGAUAUGGACGCGAAGGUUGGAAGGGAAAAUACGAAAAAAGUAUACACAAAUUCACUUGGAAAUCCCCUGAUGGAAGAACAUUUAAUCAAAUUGACCACAUACUUAUCGACAGGAGAUUUAAGGGAUGCAUAA